AUGGAUACAAUCGAUGAUGAAAAAAUGGAACAAGAAUUUUCAGAUUUUUUAGAUUCUGAAAAAUCAAACUAUAAAUAUGUAAUAAACGAUCUUAUAGAAAAUAAUAAUAAAAGAAUAUCUAUAUCAAUCGAUAUAAUGAGAAAAGUCUCACCAGAAAUGACAGCAAAAUUUUUAAGUAAACCAUUAGAUUUUAUUGGACCAUUUCAAAGAGUAGUUACAAGAAAAGUUUCAAAUAUUAAAAAAGGAUUAAUAGAAAAAAUGGAAACUAAUGAAGAUGAAGAUUAUGAUAAAGAUUUAAUUAAACAAUAUAAAGAUUCACUUGAUAAAGAAGUAUUUGUUGGAUUCGAAGGUAAUUUAGGCUCAAGUCAUGUUACACCAAGAGGUUUAAAUGCAUCAUUAUUAUCACGUUUAGUUUGUGUUGAAGGAAUUGUAACAAAAUGUUCAUUAGUUAGACCAAAAAUUAUAAAAAGUGUUCAUUAUUGUGAAAAAACUAAAAAAACAAUAAGUAGAACCUAUGCAGAUGCAACAUCGGAUUCAGGUAUACCAUCAUCGACAUCAUAUCCAACAAGAGAUGAAUCUGGUAAUCCAUUAAUUACAGAAUAUGGUAUGUGUCUAUAUAAAGAUAGUCAAAUGGUAUCGAUUCAAGAGAUGCCAGAAAGAGCACCAGCAGGUCAAUUACCAAGAUCAGUCGAUAUUUUAAUGGAUAACGAUUUAGUGGACCGUGUUAAACCGGGUGAUAGAGUUCAAGUAUUUGGUGUAUAUAGAGCCAUUCCAAUGAGUGCACCAGAAUUAAAAACAACUAAAUUUAGACCUAUAUUAAUUUGUAAUCGUAUUUUAAUGCUUAGUAAAGAAGUUAGUGGACCAACAAUCACUGCUGAAGAUGUUAGAAAUAUUAAAAACUUUUCAUUACACGAGAAUGGUUUCGAUCUUUUAGCAACAAGUUUAGCACCGUCCAUUUAUGGCCACGAUUAUAUCAAAAAAUCUCUAUUGUUAUUGCUAUUGGGUGGUGUUGAACAGAAUCUUCCAAAUGGUACCCAUUUAAGAGGUGAUAUCAAUUUAUUGAUGGUUGGUGAUCCAUCCACAGCAAAGUCUCAACUAUUACGUUUUAUAUUAAAUAUUGCUCCAUUGGCUAUCAACACUACAGGUAGAGGUUCCAGUGGUGUCGGUUUAACUGCCGCUGUAACCAAUGACUCUGAAACAGGUGAACGUCGUUUAGAAGCAGGUGCCAUGGUUUUAGCAGAUAGGGGAAUUGUAUGUAUAGAUGAAUUUGAUAAAAUGAGCCCAGACGAUCGUGUGGCCAUUCACGAAGUUAUGGAACAGCAAACCGUUACAAUUUCAAAAGCUGGUAUUCAUGCAUCAUUAAAUGCUCGUUGUUCAGUAGUAGCCGCUGCAAAUCCAAUCUAUGGCAAAUACAAUCCAGACUUAAAAGCACACACCAACAUUGGUUUACCAGAUUCAUUAUUAUCACGUUUCGAUCUUUUAUUCAUCGUUUUGGAUAACGUUAACCCCGACCACGAUAGAAUGAUAUCUGACCACGUUCUUAGAAUGCACAGAUACAAAGACGAAGGCGCUGAAAUGGAAACAUUCUUGCAGUCUGAACAAAUCUCUACAUUAGGUGGUGAACUUUCAAACGGACUAUCAAAAAAUAACUCUAAUGCCGAUAUCGAUACACCAAUCUUUCAAAAAUAUAAUCGUACACUUCAUGGUAAUGAAAAAUCAUAUGACAUUGUUUCAAUUCCAUUCAUUCAAAAAUAUAUACAUUACGCCAAAACCAUUAUCAAACCCAAACUAUCUGAAGAUGCAAGAAAAUAUAUUAUUGAACAAUACACUGACCUCAGAUCAAAACAAACCAACAACUCCUUACCAAUUACAACUCGUACAUUAGAAACUAUGAUUCGUUUAUCACAAGCCCAUGCAAAAUGUAGAUUAGAUCGUAAUGUCACUCAACGUGAUGCCGAAGUAGCUUAUGAAAUUAUGAACAAGGCAUUAAGUGAUUCAAAUACAAAAGAAAGAGAAAAAGAAAGAAUCAAUAGCAAUAAAAGAAAAAAUAAAAAAGAUAAUGAAGAAUCUUAUAAUGAUGAUGAAAUUAUAGAUGAAAAUAUGAAAGAUAAAUUGGAUGAAGAAAUUUUUGAUAAUGAUAAUGAUGAUAAUUUUGAUAUAAAUAAUAACAAUAAUAACAAUAGUAAUAAUAAUAGUAAAAACAAUAGCAAUAAUAAAAAUAAUAAAUCAACAAAUGAUACAACUAAAAAAAGAAAAAAAACAAAUGAUAAUGAUAAUACAACUUUAAAACCAGUAUCAAAGAAUAAUGACAAUAAAAAAUUAAACAAAGCAAUUGUUGAAUUACUUGCAAAAGGUGAAGGAAAAAUGGAUAAAAAUCAACUCAUUAAAUCACUAUCAGAUAACUUUUCAAAUGAAGAAAUUAAUACAACUUUAAAUAAUUUAGAACAAAGAAAACUUAUUACAACUAUUAAAGGUAUUGUAAGAUCCAAUAUCCAAUAA